GCCCUCGCCCAUGUCACCGCACAUGAGCGUGCAGAGCCGGCUGGAGGAGCUGUCAUCGGAGCCCGUCGACGGCCAGGUGCCAAAGCUCGUCCGCAGCAUGUCCGGGGAGUUUCCGGACGAGAUGGCGAGGUGCAUCUCGGAGGCCCGCCACGCCGACGAGUCUGGCGGCUCCGCCCUGGUCAGGGCCAUGCUUCGCCGCUUUCCGAUCGUGUCGGACUUGGUCAGCUUCUUCGUGUAUUGCGUCGACCUGAUGUUUCGCAGCGUUCCGUGGUUCCGUUUCUGGUGUAAGACGCUGCGCCUGGGCUUCGGGACGAUCCUCUGGACCAACAUGAUGCUUCCUCCGCUACUCCGCUAUGCCGCAAAGUAUUUCCGGGACAGGCGCGUGUGCCGCCGUGUCGCCUUUGGAGGGGGGGGGGGGAAAACGCCUCGUGAGUACUUGGACAUCUACGUCCCGAAGGAGGCCUCCCUGGCCCAGCAGGGCGAGGGGCCCAAGGUUCCGGUGGUCGUCGCCAUCAUGGGAGGCGGCUUUGUGAUAGGCCAUAGGAGCUACAACGUGCAGCUUGGGUUGCGGUGUGUUGACGCGGGCUGGCGGGUGCUGGUUUGCAUAGACUACCGGAAUUUUCCGUUCGCCGGAGGACAUGGUCGAGAACGUUAG